CAGUUUCCUUAAGAACAACAUACACAUGCAUUAUGAGUUUUGUUAUUGCUCUCUUUCAACCGAUGUUUGUCACUCGUUUCUAGUUUGCAUCGUGUAUUCAUGUCAUCUGGUGCUCUGAUGUUUAGAAAAAAUGUGAAGGCGACCGCAUUUUGGGCUUCAUACUGUUCACAUUUGAAUGGUUUUUGAGCUGGAGAACGCCUAUAUCAAUUUUUGUAUGCCUGACUCUUGGAUGAAUUAAAAUCUUCUAGUUUUUUCUAUAAACUCUUAUUAUUCUAUUCGAUUUUAAUGCGAGCAAUAAAAUAAUGAAGAUGUUUCAGGAAACUCCUUCACAAACGAACACCAAAGACAAGAAAAGAAGACGUUCCCAACAGACGUUGAUAUUUUAUCUAGUUGUCUCUUUUUUGUACGUUUGACAUUUCCUCUUCGGCGUUAACGUCACACCGUACAGCGUUUGACAGUUCGCUUAUUUACAAUAGCAGUGAAUCAUGUUUUGUAUCCACUACGUUGAAAUGAAUCGUGGGAUUUAUUGCUGUUUUUGUUUCUUGUUUGUGCAAUAAAACAUUGCGAAGAAUGCAUUAAGAGCAGAGAUUACGUAAAACCAAAACGAGCUUUUAUUUAGAUUGUUCCAAGAAAAAUAACUCAAAACGAUAUAUAUAAAAAGUAAUUGCGAAAUUUGCGAAAACAUUUCGACCAAUUAUGCCACGCAUUUGAAUGGCUGGCAGUGGAAACUAAAACGUGUACACAUAUCUCGCACUGAGUUGGAAACUUUUUUCUUCUCCAAAGUGUUUAUUUUUACAAUUUUUGUUUACACAACACAAUUUGUAAUCUAAAUCUUCGAAAUUGAAGAGAAUUUAUAGUGUGAUAAAGGGAUACCGCGCAUUGUUUGGUGGCAGUUUUCAGAAUAUUAUUUAUCCCUUCGGAAAAUUUCCAACGUACGUUUGGUCGCUGCAGUAAAUUUUCUCAGGUCGGCCAAUGAUGGCUAUCGAACCCAAUCGCACUGAGCAAUUGAAACGGUGCAUGUGAAACAGCUGAAAACACAUGAAUGCCAGGAGAAGUUGUGCAAAGUGCCUUGGGCCAAUUUACCCACAUCAUCAUUUUAUUUUCAUUGGAACGAAUUGUGAUUUUUCGGCUCAUGACAAGCGGUAACACUCAAUUUAACAACAGCUUGCCAUCGCCUCAUCCAUUUUCGUCACUUUCUUUGCUCUAAAUUCGAAUAUAUUUUUCCAAAACGAGUCAACCGAAGAAGGACAAAAAAGAUCAAAAUGAGCUCAAACACAGGAUAUAUUAUGACAUUGGCGAAUAGCAUUAUUGGUGUGGGAAUUUUGGCCAUGCCAUUCUGCUUUCAAAAGUGCGGAAUUUUGUUAUCAAUCCUACUGCUUAUUCUAAGUAACACCAUUACGAGAUUCUCAUGUCAUUACCUAUUAAAAUCUUCCAUCAAAGCACGACGAAAAAAUUUUGAAUUCUUAGCUUCAUAUAUUUUCGGUUCAUCGGGUAAAUUGAUGGUUGAAUUGUGCGUAAUUGGAUACUUAAUGGGAACAUGCAUUACCUAUUUCGUUGUGGUUGGUGACUUAGGACCGCAAAUUGUAGCAAAACUAUUCAAUAUCAAUCACACUGAUUCGUUGAGAACAUUUAUUAUGGUACUUGUGACGAUAUUCUGCAUAAUUCCACUCUGUUUACUUCGGAACAUCGAGAGUUUAUCGCUAAUGUGUAUAUCGUCGAUUAUCUUUUACUUUUGCCUGGUACUAAAGAUUUUCUUUGAAUCGGAAAGCAAAAUGGUGUCAACGUAUUGGUAUGACAAUGUAUAUUGGUGGCGCCCCUCAGGUGUAACGCAGUGCUUACCAAUCUUCAGUAUGGCGCUAUCGUGUCAAUUGCAAACAUUCGAAAUUUAUGAAUCACUACCCAAUCAAACGAUCGAAAAAAUGAACCACAUCAUAAAAUAUGGUACGGGCAUUUGUACGGUGGUCUACAUUUGUGUCGGCUUCUUCGGUUAUGUCGCUUUUUACGGUCAACAUUUCUCGGGCAACAUUUUACUUAGCUUAACACCAUCACUGGCAAGUGAUAUCAUCGAAAUGGGUUUCGUUCUUUCGGUCGCGGUAUCGUUUCCGUUGGUAGUUUUUCCGUGUCGCGCCAGUUUAUAUUCGUUGCUGUAUCAUAGAUCACAUUCGGAAAUAGCGCACUAUAUUCCAGAGCAUCGCUUCAAAUACAUUACCAUUUCAAUGGUGCUGGUUGCUCUGAUUAUUGGUAUUCUUAUACCAUCAAUAGAGUUGAUCAUCGGAUUGGUGGGAUCGACGAUUGGCGUUGCCAUCUGCAUCAUGUUUCCCGCAUCGUGUUUCAUCAAAAUCAACAAGAAGAACUCCACCGAACGACUUGCAGCACAGUUCUUGUUGGUAUUUGGAUUUCUGAUAAUGAUCCUCGGUACAUAUGCCAAUCUCGGUGCCAUCGAUGAACAGCAAUCUGGUGCUGAUGUCAAUAUGCCUAUCGAUCGCCUUCCCGAUAUUCAUGUUUCGCUCCCAACUGAAAAUAUUUUCAUAACACCAUCGAAAAUGGAGAGUCCUGAAAAUAAAAUUGAAAUGGGACCGAAAAAACAAGAUGCCGUGGUCUAUGAACCGAGUCAUCAAACGAAAGGUGCAAAGCGUAAAACGGUUAAAACAACAAAAUCACCGGUGCAAAAUGGUCCGAUUCGGGAAAUUAUUUUGAAUAAAGAAGAAAAGGAUGAAAUUCCAGUAAGAAAAUCCCUGCUGAAGGAACCUAUUGUGCCAAUAAUAAUCAAGAGUGCUAGCAAUGUUGAGCCAAAUGUUAUUCAAAAUAUACAGCCACCAAAAUCAAACAUGGUUGCAAAUCAAUUGGCCGAACCGAGCACCGAUAAAAAGUCAACCGAUUCGGUAAUCAAUAACGAAGCCAUACAGAAAGAAAACUUAGAGAUGGAGAUCGAUGCAAAAGAGGACCGGCAAAAGGAUGCCAAGAGAACCAAAGAAAUUUUAGAUGAGGUCAAAAGUCAACUGACCCAACAAAAUGAAUUAAAUCAAAAAUUAGUUUUAGCUAAAAUCAACCAAAUUUCAGAGACAGUGAAUAACAUAGCGCAGAUGCAAAAUCGCUCAGUCGCACAGAAAAAGGGCGUUUCGCAAACGGAAAAUGAAGUACAAAUACCCAUCGUAGUGACUGAACAAACGGUACGACUUGGGCAUGACCAAGUCAAGCCUUCAGUUGAUAAAAACGUGGAAAACUUGCCUUUGCCAGCUGUUCCAGUGGCGAAAAUCUUAGUCGAUAGACAUUCGAGCUCAGCACCAAGCCAAAAGCGUGUAAUCCCCGAGCCUGAACUGAAGGAGACACAGAGCAACGUUAUAUCCGAAAGAAAGGAUUCAGUUGUUGUUGAUUCACUGAAACAAAGUGUUGAUGAAUUGCCAGAAAAAGUUGAAAAAAUGAACGCAAAUGUGGGUCGUGAUCUUUUAAGCAAUCCCAAUGAUGUUCAAGCGGCAACGCAAACUGCCGACACCGCUAAGUCGAGUAAGAUUAAAACUGAAAAUUAGACUCAAUGUCAAUUUUUCUGAGCAGCUGGUACCGUUUCAGUUGAGAGACAACCCGAGUCUUGUUUUUUUUUGCUCAGUAAGAAAACCUAUAUAUAGGUGUUAUACUUAUUGAAAAUGUGUCAAUUGUUGAUACGUGCGAUCAAGAGAAUGAAAAAUUGUAGCACAAAAGAGAAAUUGAAAUAAUAAUAGAAUUGCGUUCGACGAUAAGACAAUCCAACUAAACAUUUAAUGUUUAUCGAUGUGAUGAUGAUGAUGAUGACUGUAUAUAGUAAGAUUAGCACAGAGGAAUGAGAAAAUAAAUGUCUUAUCAUUAUUAUUAUUUAUCAUAUGAAAAUAUAGAAGAUUCAUUGAGUGAAGGAAUAGCGUAUAAUGGUGCAGACGCCGAUUUUUCAGCAUCGAAACAAAGAAUUUCAGAGUAUUGUUAUCGAUUUAAGGGCCAAAUUCCAUAACUUUAAUAUAUGGACAAUAGUUGUUUCAAGGAGCCAGUUAUUUAACGAAAGUGUACAAGUACUAUUUUUUCUGAUUGCGUUCACAUACAGAAUUUGCUUCUGAAUAUAGCGAAUUGAACUAAGCUGAAUAAUAUCAUUGUUAUUCAUCCAAUCUAACCAAAAACAAAUGUAAUCAGUAUUCACAUCUAAAAUUGGGAUGUAGUGAGGUGAAAAAAAUAUUCGGUUACCAUGAAAAUGCAUACAAAAAGUGAACCUACGUGGAACUGUUCUGCAGAUGGAGAUUUUUCGCAUUUAUUUUCUUAACUAAUUAUUGGUGAUACAACUAAUAACAAUAAGACUUUUUUUCCAUGUGCAGGAAUUCAACUGUUAAGAGGAUUUAUUUUCUAAGCGAUUUCGAUGAACUUAAACAAUGAAAUUAUGAAAUAAAUAUCAGGAAAAAAAUAAAUUCAAAACA